AUGAAAGAAUGGAAAAGUACAAUUAUAUCUCGUUUAAAACAAAGAAAUAUUUCUCAAAGUGAAAAAUAUAAAGACAUAUUAUUAUCAUAUAAUUCUUUAGUUGAAGAAAAAAAUAAACUAUUGGCAAUUAUUGCUUCAUUAUCUUCAGAAAAUAUUUUCUUGGUAAAUAAUAAAAAUUUUAGUUUUUCACAUGAAAAAAGUGUAUCAAAUGAAAAUAAUUCAGAAAAUAAUUUAAUAAAAUGUGAGAAGUCAGAUAAUUAUCUAAGUCCUAUAUUAAAAAAAGAGUUUCUAGAAGUCAUUAUAGAAAAAGGAAAAAAUGAAGAACUUAUUCUUUUCCUUAAAAAUAGUUUAAAUGAAAAAGAAAAACUAUUAAAUAUAUUAAAUAAAGAAAAUGAAAUGUUAAAUAACACUAUUUCUGAAAAUGAAAAAGAACUUUUUAAAAAAAAAAAAGAAGUUUUUAAAUUGAAUGAAAUUAUUAACAAAAAUAAUCUUGAAAUAAAAUUUUACUCAAAAAAUUAUAAAAUUUUGAAAAAUAAAAUGGAAUUAAUUCAGAAAAAUAAUGAAAAAUUAUUAAGAGAGCAUGAAGGCUUAAGAUUUACUUAUUUAAAAUUACUAAGACAAAUUCAUGAAAUGAAAAAUCAUAAAAAAGUUAUUGAUAAAGAAUACUUUGAACUAAGAAAUGAAAUGUUUAAAAAAAAAGUAGAAAAUGAAAAUUUACUAAAAUAUUUAUUAAAAUGCAAAAGAAAACAUAGAAAACAAUUAAAAAAACUAGAAAAAGUGUGUUUACAUAUGAAAAGGAGCAUAUGGAGAGCUAAAUAUAUUUUUUUAAAAAAAAAAAAAUUGCGUGUUUGCUUAUAUUUGAAUAAAAUGAAUGAAUUCCAUAAUAUAAAAAGGAGUUUACGAGAAUUAUGGUUAAAUUAUGAUAAUUUUCAAAUAUAUAAAAAUAAUAGUUGCAAAAAUAAAACAAAAGAUGAUAUUGUAGUGCAAAAUGUGAUUAAAAAUUUAAACAAUAGGAAAAGUAAGAAGAUUAAUCAAUCUUUUAAAAUAAUAAACAAUUAUUAUAAUAACUCUAAAGCCAUAAAAGAUAAGUUAAGUGUAAAACAUUAUAUUUCUGACAGUAGCUACUUUAAAAAUAAAAAAUAUAAUAUUUCGUCCAACAAAGAAGACAUUUGUAAAGAUAAGGUUAACAAAAAUAAUGAUACCUUUCAAAAAGUAAGAAACUUUCUAAAUGUUCAUCCUGGUGGUAUAUUAUGUUUUAAUAUUUCUUCUAGAAACUCUUCCAAUUAUAAUACAUUGAUGGAAUAUGUAAAUAUAAAAGAAAAAAAUAAAUUAAGAAAAGGAAGCAUUGAUAUAUAUAAUAAAAUUAAAAAUUUAAGAUUGUCUAACAACACAAACAGUUUUAUUAAAAAUAAAGAUAUGAAUUUUUAUGUAAACAAUCAAAAUUUUUGGAAAAAUAAUGAUAAAGUUGGUUAUGAUAACCUCAUUGUUACAUGUGGGAUGGAUGGAAAAAUAGCAUUUAUAAAUAUAGAGGAUAACCAGUUAAAAUGUACAAAAAUUUUUUAUAUAUUAAAUAGCAAAAUACCAGCUUAUAAUGUAAGUAUACAUCCUUCACAAAUUUAUACUUUAGUAUCUAUGGAAAAUAAUACUAUAUGUUUAAUAAAUAAUGAAAAAAAUAAAGUGGAAUAUAUGUAUUAUGAUCAUAAAGAAAAAAUAACAUCAAUUAAUUUUUUAUGUAAUUUUAAUAAUUUUGACAAAUCAAUAUCUUCUGAAGAAACAAAAAAUUCUCUAUUUUAUUCGACAAGUUUAGACAAAACAAUAAAGAUAUGGAAUAUUGAGAAAAAUUUAUGUGUCAAUACUAUUAAUGUAAAUGAGCCUAUCACAUCAUCAUCUCCUUCUAAUUAUGGAACAAAUAUAUUAAUUGGUACUCAUAAUGGAUCAAUUAUAUGUUACGAUUUGAGAGUAAAUAAUAAAAAUGUAAUUAACUCUGUAUUAUAUAAUAAAAGUAUGUUUAAUGAAGAAAUAUAUGGUUUAAAUUAUUCUCCAAAUGAUAAUUUAAUAGCAGUACAAGAAAUUAAUGGUAACAUGAAGUUAUUAGAUACAAAUAAAAGAGAUUUUUUGCACAUUUUUGAAACUCCAUAUUAUAUAAAAAAACAAGUUCCAAAAGCUUAUCCAAUUUUUUCAAGAGAUGGCAAAAAACUUUUAUGCUCAUAUGCUUAUAAUAUGAUUUCUUAUGAUGUCUUAAAUUAUUCAUAUUUCAAUAUUUUAAAUAGUGACCUGGAUGAAAUAAAUGGUACAAAUUGGAAUUUAAAUGACAAAUUAUUAACAGUUCAUAAAGAUGGAAAUAUAGCUAUAUGGCAAUAA